AUGGACGAAACAAGCCCGCAAUUCAAAACCCUCUACAACGCAAUGUCAACAUUCGUCAACACCUGCAUGUCCGGUCACGACCCCUCCCACAACCCAGCCCACGUCCACAGAGUCGUAGCCCUGGCCAACAAGAUCCUCACCUCCGAGCGCGCCUUACACCCAACAACACCCUACUCCGGAGCCGUCGUCAAACUCGCAGCUCUACUCCACGACAUCGGAGAUAAGAAGUACCUACAUAGUCUUGCGUCCGUACUAGAAUCAGACAGUCAAGCCUCAACCCUCGACCCAACGACCAUGGUUCAUCACGCUCUCAUCAAGAACGGCGCCACGGAAGUUCUAGCCUCAAGGGUUCAAACGAUUGUAUCGCAUGUUUCGUAUUCAACCGAGAUCAAGGAUCCAUCCGUGAUUCGACGACUAAUUGAUGAGGAGGGAUUUAUUGAACUGGCUAUUGUUCAGGAUGCGGAUCGUCUGGAUGCGAUUGGGGCUGUUGGGAUUGGGCGGACGUUUACCUUUCUCGGUGCGCAGGGAAAGAAAUUUCUUGUUGAUGGGAAGUGGGAUAUGAAUAAUUCUAUUGAGCAUUUUGGGGAUAAGUUGGAGCUUUUGGAGGGGAUGAUGAAGACGCAGACUGGGAGGGAGAUGGCUAGGGUGCGGACGGAGAGAUUGAAGGUUUUUCGCGGGUGGUGGGAGGAGGAGAUGGAGGUUGUUUCUUCGUAA